UGCUCAGCUGCGAGAGGGGGGGGUUGACUGGGUAUGUCAGGCGAAGUGAAUCUCAGCCACAAGAUCUAGAAUGGUAACUACAAGGUUUUCGCACAGGGCGAAAAGAUUGCAGCUUGAGCGGCAGGUGGUGUUCGAAAGCGUUGACGUAGGGCGAAUACAUAGACAGGCGCUCUAUCUUUCUUGGUAGCAGAAGGCUUAGGAGGGACCUGAUGAGGAACGUGGGUUGGGCUGAGACAACGAGAUAUCCCGGUGAGUACGGAAUGGUGGAACGUUGAGAUCAACGCCGAUUAUAUGGGUUUCGAAGCAGUAUCAGAAGGCCCAGUUUAGAGAUCAAACUGUCUGGAUAAGUCGGUGUGGUGAUGGUGAGAAUGAAGAUGUGUGGUGGAUGGAGGAUGGAAGAUGAAAGAGAAAGUUUUUGAGGGAAGACAAGGCAAAGAAGAGGCGGCGGUGGCUAACUAAAUCCGGUAAUUCGGUGGCGGCAGAAUUAUAAUUUUUCAUUGAGCGCUGACUAAGCGGGACAACCCGAGCCCACCGAGGCCGGAUGAUCACGUGAUAUUGUCCGUGUUUGCUCCAAUUAGGAAAUUUGACGUCAAAGUUGCUCUUGUGCAAUGAUACAUCGCCAUUUAGGAGAAAGACAGAGUUCCUGCUUUCAUAUUUCAUUCUCUUUUACAUAUAAAUAAUUGUAAAAAAGACGGAAUUAUUUCUUUCAUUUUCUCUGAAUCCCCUGACUGAAUACUGUCUUUCCAAUCUCGUCUCCAUUUUCAUUAUAGAUUACUACUAUCCACGACGCAAAGAAGUUACGGUUGCUCCUGAAAACUCAGGAACACAAACAAACAUCUUUCUUUGGACCCUUUUCCCUCUAUUCCACUUCUACUGAUAUCAGCUGGCCCGCCCAUCUUGAUAUCACUUGCUAGUGUAACGACCAACUGCAAGCAACCUCGUUUCAUACACUUUUCCUAGUCACUACAAGAAAGAGUAUACCUCUGCCCUAUUCCAUCGCAUAGCCAUGGACCUCUCCGUAUACUUGGUAACGGACUCUACUCCUGCCAUUCUAGGCAAUAGGGAUUUGUGUGAGGUAGUUCAAGAUGCCCUUGAAGGGGGAGUCACUGUUGUCCAGUAUAGAGACAAGCAUAGUGACACUGGUGUUAUGAUUGAUAUGGCGAAGAGACUCCACGGAAUUACGAAAAAGUAUAAUGUUCCUCUAAUCAUCAAUGACCGAGUCGAUGUUGCGUUAGCUGUUGGUGCCGAAGGCGUUCAUCUUGGACAGGAUGACAUGAAAAUAACUGAGGCGAAGAAAUUAUUGCCACCCAACACCUACAUCGGGGUAUCAGUACGCUCCAACGAGGAAGCGUUCAGGGCAGUCCAGGAUGGCGCUGAUUACGUCGGGAUUGGAACUGUAUUCGCGACGCCCACGAAAACCGACACCAAGUCUAUUAUCGGGACUGCUGGCACGAGGGAUAUUUUGGCGUUUCUUUCUACAAUGCCCAGAAAAGUGGGAGCUGUUGCAAUCGGUGGUAUUAACUUGACAAAUGUCCAGCGAGUUAUCUACCAAUCACAAGCACCUCUUAAGAGCCUUGAUGGGGCUGCGAUUGUGAGUGCAAUCAUGGCAGCGGAAAGCCCGAGAGAAGCCGCCGCAUCGUUCUGCAGACUUGUGAAGCAAAUCCCUGCCUCAGCCACUUUACCCGUCCCUCCUCGAGAGAAUGAAGUUUCCCUGUUAUUAGAUCAAGUACCAGAUAUCGUCAGCUUGGUGGCUACAAAGCGACCGCUGUGUCACAACAUGAUCAAUUUUGUGGUGGCUAAUUUUGCUGCAAACGUUGCAAUUGCGAUUGGCGCGUCUCCAAUCAUGUCCGGGUACGGUCCUGAAGCGCCUGACCUCGCCAAAAACGGUGGCUCAUUAUUAAUUAAUAUGGGGACCCUUAACAACGAAAGCCUCGACAAUUACCUCCAGGCCCUACGGGCUUAUAAUGCCGAAGGAAACCCUGUUGUGUUUGAUCCAGUCGGGGCUGGUGCUACCGACAUUCGCCGCAAAGCAACGAAACAACUCCUUGCCGGUGGAUAUUUCGAUCUCAUUAAAGGCAAUGAAAGCGAGUUGAUUCAGGUGUACGGUAAAGCUCGUGGGAAUCAGGUCGGCGUCGACAGCGGACCCAGUACUUUGAACCCCGAAGAAAAGGCGAAGCUUGUCAAAGACCUUGCGAGGCGGGAGAGAAACAUCGUUCUUCUCACUGGCAGUGUGGACUACCUGAGUGAUGGCGAGCGCACUCUCGCCAUUGGCAAUGGCCAUCAGUUCCUCGGCCAUAUUACAGGCACCGGCUGCAUAAUCGGCACCAUGGCCGCCUCCUUCCUCGCCGUGCACAGAAGUGACAAGCUACUCGCAGUGUUCGCCAGUUUACUCCUUCUCGAAAUUGCCGCUGAGCGCGCCGCCAUGAAAGACGGAGUACACGGCCCCGGCACAUUUCUCCCGGCUUUUAUCGAUGAACUAUUCACGUUGAGGCAGUGGGCUGUUGACUGGAAAAGUGGUGAUGCUGCUGGUGGUACUGGUGCAGGCGCCAAAACAUCGAACGGUGACGCUUCCGCUGUAGACGAGAAUAUCUUCAGGAAGAUGGCGAAGGUGCAUCUGAUCAAUAUGUAGACGGAGAAGGAAUGCUCUUUGCUCUUUGCUUUUUAUUUGUUUUAUUUUUUAUUUCUGUUUGUCGGUGGGUGUGUGCGUGCGUGACUCGAUUGGGUUGUGUGGUCUCCUCAACGAUGCUGUGUGAAAAGUUGUGCAGGUCGUGGUUUUUAGCAGUUGAUGGGUUUGAUGGAUUAAUGGGUGAUGAUUGAUUCUCUUCUGUUAUUUCUUUUGAAAUUUCUACUUUUGCCUAUUGCUUUCUUCGACUUCUCCGUCCUUCCUCUUGUCAUAAAUUCUUUUGUUUUCUCUCGAUUUCUUCCCUUCUUAAGUUCGCGAACUUUUCCCAACUGUCUACCCCCCGUCUUUGCACACCAGGGCUGAUAAAAGAACAAAUCCCGAAUUAACCCGCCCAGGUUUUCUUUUCUCCCUUCUCUCUAUUUGCGCUUUGUUCGUUUCUUGCCCCCAUGUAAUGGGUCCCCACCUUCCACCACUUACCCUCUCAGCUCCGCGCCCGGUUAACAGCAGAGCGCCAGUCGCUACUCUUUCCAUCCUGCUGCGGGCCAGCACCACUAAGCCCGCGCGCAAUUCGCGACCCGCCCAUUAACACUUUACACUUUUGUCCCCGAACGAUUCAUUUGUUCAAAGGAGAUAUUCGACGGCUGGUUUGCCGUUCUCACACCCCCGGAUCAGCUCACGCAGUGUUAACCCUCCACUCUAUCUCGGGAGUCUAUGGCGUUGAAAAGCAACCCCAUUGAAGGAUGGUUUGCGUGAGGAAAGUCUGAACGGAGAGGAAGGCAGAAUUGAUUCGGAACAUGUCGGCAAUACAUUUCAGACUUGAGGGAAGAGGAAAGAACUUGGUGAAUACUACCUACGUCACUGGGCCUGAGUACAAUGCUGCUGCAUACUUUCUCAUCGCCCGCCACUUCGGUACGGUUUCGGGUUUCUGUGUAUUUUCUCAUCAGCGACGAGUGGCGUCCGCGCCCUCCCCGCUUCAAAAGACGUCUCGCUCCGCCCUCUUUUCUAUUGCUUUCUCGCGGGUGGGUUCUCGCUCUCUCCCUGCAUCUCCCCCCCCUUUCUGUAGCCCUUUGUGAGCGAGGGUGGGGGGUUGGGAAUCUUGCUGGGGGAGAGAGGGGAGGGAUAAGGGCUACGGACGGUCCAUGUCGCACACCCGCUGAGCAGGCUCGCCAUAGUCAUUCCAUGGACAUAUAGUUAUUGUCCAGUCAUGCAUGGCCUUAAAUGUUCAGCUGCGCCUGAUUCUCUCGCUCACCACACGCCCUCAGCCACCGGUUUCUCUGUUCUCCUGAUCGCCCUACCAUUCCUCCACCUGCAGUAUUUGCCAGUCCAGUUCGAUGAACCGGUUCCUUUAUUUUUUUGGUUCUUUUUUUCUUUUUUGGAAAUUAGUACUAGUGAACUACUUUACAGAGCAUCCGGCGCCGCGGCUGUCAAUUUCCUCCACUCAGCUCUUCUCCUUCUCUGCUGUUGUCUUCCCUCCUCUUAUCUCGCACCUUCACCGCCCGCCCCCGGGCCGGCCCUGCUCUUUUGCAGAGGCAGUGCAGUAUGGUGGGAGAAGACACGAGGGAAAGUGCAGCCAAGAGCGCGGCAGCCAAGAGCGCGGAGUCAAGGAGCUGUUUGGGAGUUUUGCUGGGUAGAUGAUUAUGACAUACAUAUAUAUAUAUAUACUGGAAUUGAGAACAUGUUCGUUGCGUGACGGAGCACCUAGUUAUGUUGUUGGUGCCUUCGCAGGCCUCACAUUUCUUUUCAUCAGCCCCAUCGAUUCACAAAAGCUUUACAUUCGCCGAAUAUGAGAUAGACUUAUACCCUCUACAUGUCAGAAACAUACAAUUGUUCCCUUACCCCUUGUUUCUCUUAGCCAGAUAGAUUAGGAUUAGAUACCAGUUCCCUCCAUAAACAAAAACAGCCACGUCUUAAAAAACAAAAACAAUGUAAUAAAAUAACUAAAACCUAAAAAGAAAAUCAAAUCUUACUCCCACAAAACACCCCAAGCGCCUUCUUCGUCUCCUCCCCACUCUCCUUCACAAGCCCACUAAUCUGCCUGAAAACAGCAUGCUUCGCAUCCCCCAUAAUCUCAAACAACAGACUCUCGCUCGUCGUCACAAUCGCCCCCGC